AUGCUGCGCUUCGCAUCCGGCAAGACCCCGCUUGUGCGCGCAGAGUUGGCCCGUCGCGCUACGGCCUUCGCGGGCGUGCAGAUGCUGCCGAAGUUCGAGAUCCACGACGUGCGCGACGACCCUGCGCUGGGCACCAUGACGCGCGUCGCCGUCGAUGGCAAACUGCUGCUCAUCUCGCAGUACCCGCAGCUCGGGCCCCGCAAGGUGGACCCGAACGACCUGAGCCCGCAGUUCGACGCCGACCGCCGCAUUUCAGUGCGGCUGCGGCAUAUCGACCUCGCCUACCUGGUGAGCGUGUGCGAGCGCCGCUUGCCGAGGCACCGCAUGGAGACAAAGGCCUACACACUCGACUUCGAGAAGGCCGCCGACGGUUACCGCCUCCACGGCAAGGUGCACCGCGUGGCGUCGCCAAAGAUGGAAGACUGGUCGGUGAGCUUUGACAAGCACUUCGCCGUCACGCUGGAGCACUUCCUGCAGAGCGCGCUCACGGAGAGCUUCGGAUUCCGCCAGCACUACGCGUCGCGUGCCGCUGAUGGGGGCGCGCCGGACAAGAGUACAGCUGUAGGGAGCAACGGCAGCCCGCGCAGGAAGCAGCCCGGCGCAGGGUCGCCGCAGCGCCAGUGA